UCGGCCUCGGGGCCUCCCUCCUCGCCUGCCCGGCGGGGCGGUGGGAGCAGAGCGCCAGGCUGCCCGCGGGACUCUGGUGAGGCUCCUGCACGGAGGCGGGAACCCAGCAGGGCCUACCUGUUCUCUCCUCCAUACCCCUGACCCACGAGACGCCUGCCCUGCCCCUCAGGUCCCUGGGUUUGGCGAAUUCUGCUGAGAGCGAGCAGGCAGAGGACUCGCCAAAGCUUCCAGCUGGCCUCCUGGAAGAAGGUCACUUUCUUUUGGGCAAAGGGUUUAAUGGGAGGUAACCCUGCCAGUGUUCGCCAAGCGGCCCGGGUGGCAGGAGCCACGGGUGCUCCGGGCGGGUUGUGGCACCUGGGGCGGGUGGCUUGCCCUAAGCUUGCUUUGACAAAGGAGUUUUGAGUUGGUCUUUUGGCUGAGCUUGCCAGGGAAGGCAGGCUCCUGCAGGAGUCUUGGAGGGUCCGUGCGGCGCCGGAUGAGGCUGAGGCGUGGCUGAAGAUGCGUUUGGCUCUGCAGACACUGCAUCGAGCAGCAGGGGACUCUGGGAGGCUGGUGCAGCCAGAAGGCAUGGCUCUUGACAGCCUUCUAGUAGAGUCUCUGGAAUUGUGCAUGUUCCCCCCACCUCCAGCCAGUCUGUGCAGACUUGUUGCUUGCUGUGUCAUCGGGAACGCAAAGGCUGGGAAGAAGGCCCUUCCCAAAACGGACUGGUGUUGCAGGGUGAGAAGCUGCCCCCUGACUUCAUGCCAAAGCUCGUCAAGAAUCUCCUAGGAGAGAUGCCUCUAUGGGUCUGCCAGAGUUGCCGAAGGAGCAUGGAGGAAGAUGAAAGGCAGACAGGUCGAGAGCAUGCAGUGGCGAUAUCCUUGUCACACACAUCCUGCAAAUCACAGUCUUGUGGGGGUGACUCUCAUUCCUCUUCGUCAUCCUCUUCAUCAUCCUCAUCCUCGUCCUCAUCCUGCCAUGGAAACUCAGGGGACUGGGAUCCCAGCUCGUUCCUGUCAGCACAUAAGCUCUCGGGCCUCUGGAACUCCCCACACUCCAGCGGGACUGUUCCAGGCAGCUCACUUGGGAGUCCUCCUUCCAUCCCUGGUGAGGUUUUCCCCAUCUCGGAGCACCGCCGGCACUCAGACCUCACUGCUCCACCCAACAGCCCCACUGGCCACCAUCCACAGCCAGUGUCACUGAUCCCAUCUCACUCUGGAUCCUUUGGUUCACCAUCCCACCCACACCUGCUGCCCACCACCCCCUCAGCACCAUUCCCUGCGCAGGUUUCAGAAUGCCCUGUUGCUGCUGCUGCCGCCCCACAUACCCCAGGGGCAUGUCAGAGCCCCCACCUGCCUUCCACCAGCAUGCCGCUCCUGAAGAUGCCUCCUUCUUUCUCGGGGUGCAGCCACCCCUGUAGUGGGCACUGCAGUGGGCCUCUGCUCCCACCACCAGGCUCACAGCAGCUUCUUAACACUCACAGCAGAGACCCCGGGUGCAAGGGGCACAAGUUUACACAUAGUGGCCUGGCCUGCCAACUGCCCCAGCCCUGCGAGGCAGAUGAGGGGCUAGGCGAAGAAGAGGACAGCAGCUCAGAGCGUAGCUCCUGCACCUCGUCCUCCACGCACCAGAGAGAUGGGAAGUUCUGUGACUGCUGCUACUGUGAGUUCUUCGGCCACAAUGCGCCACCCGCUGCCCCGACGAGUCGGAAUUAUACCGAGAUCCGAGAGAAGCUCCGUUCAAGGCUGACCAGGCGGAAAGAGGAGCUGCCCAUGAAGGGGGGCGCCCUGGGCGGGAUCCCUGGGGAGCCCGCCGUGGACCACCGAGAUGUGGAUGAGCUGCUGGAAUUCAUCAACAGCACGGAGCCCAAAGUCCCCAACAGCGCCAGGGCCGCCAAGCGGGCCCGGCACAAGCUGAAAAAGAAGGAAAAGGAGAAAGCCCAGUUGGCAGCAGAAUCUCUAAAGCAGGUGAAUCGUGGUGUUUCUGGAAGCCAGGAGCUGAGGCCUGCCAGAGAGAGGUUUUUGGAGUGGCCUGACCAGGAGCUGGAUCGGGUCAACAGCUUCCUGAGCAGCCGUCUGCAGGAGAUCAAGAACACUGUCAAGGACUCCAUCCGUGCCAGCUUCAGUGUGUGUGAGCUCAGCAUGGACAGCAAUGGCUUCUCUAAGGAAAGAGCUGCUGAGCCUGAGACCCAGAGUCUCCCCGCCUUGAACCUCAAUGGCUCCUCAGGGCACCGACCUGACAUCAACCUUGACCUGUCCCCUUUGACUUUGGGCUCCCCUCAGAACCACACGUUACAAGCUCCAAGUGAGUCAGCCCCACCAUGGGCAGAAAUGAGAGGCCCCCAACCACUGUGGACAGAGGUGAGGGGCCCUCCUCCUGGUAUCAUCCCGGAGAAUGGGCUAGUGAGGAGACUCAACACCGUGCCCAACCUGUCCCGGGUGAUCUGGGUCAAAACACCCAAGCCAGGCAACACCAGCUCUGAGGAGCCAAACCCAAAGGAAGUCCCUAGUGGCAAGCAGGAGCUACCUGAGCCUGUGGCCUCAGGUGGGAAGCCACGGAAAGGCAAGAGACAGGGUGGUCAGGCUAAGAAGAGUGAGGCGACUCCAGCCCCCAGGUCCUCAGCCAGCCUGGAGGCUCCCGGUGCUAAGGGCCAGACCUCCAGCCCCAAGCAGCCAGGCAAGACCCUGGAACCUCCCAAAGUGGGCUGCUGUGCUGAGGCCAGAGAGGGGAGCCCGGGAAACCGGCCAGAACCAGGCUGGGCUAGCAGCCCAAAAGCUGACAAGGAGAAGGGCAGCUCUUGGCGAAACUGGCCAGGUGAGGCCAAGGCACGGCCUCUGCAACAGGAGUUUGUGCAGCCCUCAGGCCCAGCAAGGCCACAGAGCUUGCCGCAGGGCAAGGGCCGCAGCCGCCGGAGCCGCAACAAGCAGGAAAAGUCGGCCUCCUCCUUGGACGAUGUGUUCCUGCCCAAGGACAUGGAUGGGGUGGAGAUGGAUGAGACUGACCGGGAGGUGGAAUACUUCAAGAGAUUCUGUUUGGAUUCUGCAAAGCAAACACGUCAGAAAGUUGCUGUGAACUGGACCAACUUCAGCCUCAAGAAAACCACUCCCAGCACAGCUCAGUGAGCCCCUGUGGGUCCAGCUUCUUCAGGUGUCCUGAGACCCCCAACUGCCAGCUGAAGGUCUACAGUUUCUUCUUCCUCCAUAUCCCCACCCACCUGCCCAAGACCCUCCUUGCUUCCCGCCAUCCUGGACCAACCAAAAGCUGAGCGGAUGCCCUGCCGGGCUGGGGCCCCUCAGGACCUCCACAGAGCCUCCUCCUGGUGCUAUGCAGCCUCCACACUCAGAGCCCGGGGGCUGGGCUGGGCUGGCCUGUGGGCCAGGGGCUGAUGGUACUGCUGGCCCAACACUGCUCUUUUUGUGUUUGGUUUUUUUGUUUUUGUUUGUUUGUUGUUGUUUUUUAAUUCUUUACUUUUGAUACUGUGAAGAUCUUUCCUGCCGAAAGAUAAAGCAACUUUUGGACACAGA